UCUCUAUGGCUGUAAAUCGAUGGAUCACGGAAUUAGCCUUAUAAUAGUUCUUGCUCAAAACCAGAGUGAAAAGUUAAGUCUGCAUUGAUAUUCAUCUAUGAAUAUGCUUUGGGAAAGAGCUGAACAAAUACUUGCUUGGACUUUGUAUUUUGGACACUCCCCAAAGACUGCAUACAGUAGUUCUCCCAUUUUGGAAGUCUCUUUGUAGCAGGGAACGUUACACAAAAUGCUGCAAGUGAAUGACUGCCGCUUUGAAAAAAAGGUCAUCAAGAAAACUUUGGAAACCAGUAAUUUGGACUUCAAUGGCUUUCUGCAAGUUGUAAAAAAGGAAUUUGCUGUCGCUUCACAUGAAACUUUUGUUUUGACCACAACUGACAGAAUAGUAGUGGACGAUAUAAAAUUUGACAAGGUGAAGAACGAGAGGACCCUCUACCUACUACGAGAGAAAGACCAAGACCUCCCAGCUUCAGUUAAUGAGGAGGUUAAAUUUGUUCCUCACUACAACACACUGACUGAGUGUGGGACAAAUGAAUACUUCACCGAGGGCCAGAAAUCACUACCUUGUGCUCUUGCUGAGUUGGUGGACAACGCUCUUUCAGCUACUGCAAAAAACACUGGACUCAGGGAGAUAGAGAUAAGGGUGAUGUUUGACAGAACUUUUGGGAAACCUGCAAUAAUUGUCUUAGAUAAUGGGUGCGGAAUGACCUCAAAGCAGCUCAAUAACUGGGCCGUGUACAGACUCUCUAAGUUCACGAGGGAUAACAGCCUGUUUGAAGGGGAAAGAGAGGGGUAUGUUUUCCCUGAUCCUGUACCUCGGAGUCUCAACAGUGACAUAUCUUUUUUUGGAGUUGGAGGGAAAAGAGCAUGUUUCCACAUGGGCAAUGCUGUCAGAAUGAUCAGCAAACCAGUUGGCUCUCCAGAUAUUCAUGAGCUGGUUCUGUCGAAGGAGGAAUUUCAGAAAAAGGAGCAGAAAAAAGAGGAUGUUUACAGUGACACCAUUCUAAACAGAAGGCCUGGUGACUUCUCACACAUAACAGAGGAAGAACGGUUCCUUCGUAAAAUCAUCAGUGAAGAAACUGGAAAGAACAGCUUCACUGUGGUUGUCAUAACAGGAGUUUCUCAUGAUCACAUCAAAUACCUGAAAGAGGACUUUGAUGAGUGGACCAGAGAGCUAGCCCACAUCUAUCAUUAUUACAUUCAUGGAGUUAAUGGAAACUGCAAAACAGACAUUUCACAAAGAUCAGAGAACUUGCCAAGAAUUGACAUUCUUGUAACAUUGCAGGCUUCCCAGAGCCCACGUACGAUCAAUCUCAGACAAGUGGAUGAUGACAUGCAAACACAAUACAUAAAUGCAGCCACAGACACAUUUGAGUUUAGGGCGGAAACUAUGGAUCAUGGCAUUGUUGAGGGUGUUCUUAGAUACCAUCCAUUUCUCUAUGACAGAGAGACCUAUCCUAGAGAUCCAUAUGUCAAACAAGUUCCUGGUAAGGAUGAUUAUAAUGAUGAUGAUGAUGAAAGGGAGUCUACCGCCAUAAAUCAGGCAAGGGGGAAGAGGGACAUCUUUGAAUGUUUCUGGAAUGGACGUCUCAUCCCCUACACAACGAUUUCUGAUUUUGACUGGUGCCAAAGGAAAAGGGGAUCAAACUUACCUCCACAGUGUUACAAUUGCUUUUCUGGUGUGCUUUUCACUGAUGGAAAAUUUAUGGUCAACGCCAACAAGUUAAAAUUCAUGAAACUUGAGAAGCAGCUGAAAACUGUGGAUACAAUUUUUACCACUGGAAAUCUUGCUCAGAAAACCUCUAAAAGAGCCAAGAUUGAAAAAGAGUUUAUCCGGUGGCUCCAAAACUGUCAUGAAAAGUUUGACAAAGAGGUGAGAUUUAUUGGCUAUAAAGAAACUGUGACGCGACCAGAAUUGGAGACUCAGAAAAAGCAAUAUCCCUGGGCAGUGUUUUCCUCCAUCGAACUUGAUGGCAAAAGAUAUGAUACAGGGAAAACUCUAAAGUUUCAGAAGACACCACAAAUUCUUUAUGGGUCUGUGAUAAAUUUUCUCUUGUAUGGAAAUCAUCAAGAAGACGUGUUUGCCACUGGUGGAGAAGUGAAGAUCAAACGUGAGCCUGAAGGACUCUAUGAUGAGAUGACCAAGGUUAUACCCAUUACUAAAAUUGACAGAACUGCCACUGAUGAAAGCAUCAAAAAACACAUUGAGUCUGAAAGGAAGAAGCUACCAGAACACCUAAAAGUGGACUGGCCAGAGGGUAAUCCUUUGCCUAAAAAUGCUGUUUUGCUUGCUGGGACUCCUUUAGGACCUCUCAAAGUUGAAAUUCUAAAUGGAGACAAAGCCCCAAUCUCAUCAAGAAUACAUACAGGGGGCAAGGGGCCAGGGAUAAAGCUGGGAGUUUUGCUUCAGGUGGAGCUCAAUGGUAUAUCAGAAAACAUCAAGGUUUUUAGUAUCACCGCCCCUUAUUCAAAAAAUGGAUACUGGUUCACAAAAAUUGAAAACUUGAGGAGCUUGGGGAAGUACACACUGACUCUAAAUGCUGUGUUGAAUGAAAAUGGUGCCACGGUCUAUGGUGGCAGAGAGCUGCCAAGCUAUGUACAUGAUUUUACAAUCAAGGAAGGAAAUGCUGAGAGAUUUACUGUGCAGUUAAGUUCCUCUCAGCGUGUAGGGGUGCCUUUUGACAUUAAUCUAAAGAUGGAGGAUUGUUAUGGCCACCCCACAAAACCUCCUCCUCAACUCCAACCUGAACUUCAGUGCAGUGAUCUGAAUCCAAGGUUUGAGACAACAGCUCGUAGUGAGAACAUGAUAACUAUCAAAGGUGUGAAAGUCACAGGAAAACUGCCUCAUUAUCUACAAACCAAGAAUUUUGACCUUAAAGUGAUACUGCCUGGGCUUAAGGAUGAUACAAAGACUGUCAAGCUUACCCUUUCCCCUGGAAAUCCUCAUUCACUUCAUAUUGAAUCAAACACCGACUCAGUGGAGAAUGGAAACCCAGUCUGCUUUAUGAUUGAAGUCCAUGAUGAAGCUGGAAACAUCACAGCUAAAUCUAAGCAAGAAGUUCGCUUCCAGAUUCGGGGGUUGCCAUCUGUGAUAAAAGACUGCAGCACAGGAAAAGCUGAACUUGUCUCAGUUCCCAUUAACCGAGAAAUACUCAAUGGAGAGCAACAAAUACUCCAAGCUAAAUUUGACAUGCCUGGCCAGAAGCAGGUUAAAGCAAUCACUAAGGAGAUGGUGGUCAUGCCCAGCAAUCGUAUCUGUCGCAUGGUGCUUUUCUGUAAGGGUGAGGAAAUGCUGGUCUUAAGGAACAAUGAAAAUAUUGAUUGGCAAGCUGGAGGAGUACUGGAGAACCUGUUUUAUAAGCUGUAUGAUGAGGCUGCAAGAGAGGUCCCAAUCACGGCUGAAAUUGCCUCCAAUAUUAAGGUUACAUGGAAAAGAGAUAUUGAUCAGAGAGAUUUGCUAAUGGGAAAGCUACCAGAUCUACAUGUUAGCACUCAUGUGCAGGAAAAGCACUACUACGAGGUCUCCUACCGGGACAAGAACGUAUCCUCCUGCUUUAAAAUUGUACCUUGCCCAGAUGAACCAGCACAACUAAAAUCCACUCUGACUCAAAGCACAUUAAAGCUUGGAGAAACCUUAUCUGGACACAUCAAGUUGCAGCUUGUGGACAAGUAUGAUAAUGUAUGCAAGAAGCUCACCCCCAUGUGUGCUCAGUUGUUUUCUGUGGAAGCUGAGGGUCUGGACAAAUCAGAAAUCAAAUUCAAAUGGAACGAGCGCGGCAGCUCAAUUGGGGUGAUGGGAAUUCGUUUCCUGUCAGUGUCUCCUGGUCCCAGAGUCAUUUGCUUCAGUUACAAACACUUCACUAAACAGGUCAUCCUCCAAGUAACACCAGGAAUGCCUUUCCAACUUAAACUGGUCAGCGGUCCGGAACAGCCAUUGCAGGUAUUGAAUUGUCAAGGUAUUCCAACACCAUUUACUGUCCAGCUAUGUGAUAAGUGGGGAAAUCCUUCUCCGGACAAAAACUUAACUGUUGAGAUGAAACCUUCACCUGAGACACUAAAGCUGACACAUGUUAAGUCACAACCCAUGGACUCAGAAGGGAAAGUCUGCUUCACUAUUAAUAAUCUGAAAGGUUCAAAAGGGUCCUACAUACUGGAGUUUAAGGGUUCCUUAAAUGGCAAAUCCAUCCCUGGUCCAUCAGUGAAACUCAUUCUACUCCCUGAUCCCAACAAACCUGUGAACCUGUCAGUGAAAUACGAUACACAUGCCAGAUUCCCUGCUGGAGGCACAUUUCCAGAUUUUUCAGUGACUGUGCUUUCUGAAGAGGGGAGUCAGAUGAAGACUUUUAAACCUGAAGAUCUAUCUAUGUCCCUGUGGGAGAAAGGGUCGGCAACACAACCUGAAACAGACAUUAUGCCAACAUGCGGAAAACCUAUUAAAGAUGAGGAGAAUCACUGUUAUCGAUUUAGAGGAGAAGCAAUCCCAAAACAUGCAGGGGAGUAUACUGUAGAGUUUGCUCUACAAAGCAACAAAACAGAGGAUCAGCUUAGGACUCAGAUCAAUAUAAAGGUGGUGGCUAAUGAACCAAUCAAACUGGAACCCGAAUGCCAGCUAGAAACCCCAGUUGUUUUCCACUGUAUAGACAUCAGCAAUCGAAUAUUGGUUGAAAAUGUGACGCUAAAGAUUAUGGAUCAGCAUGGUAAUCCAGCUGGGCAGGACUUGAACGGUAAGGUGUUCAUCUCAAUGAAGUGUCCUGACGGAGAAAUACCCAGAAGUCUCCCCUUGUUUAAAGACAAAAACAGCCACGUCCAAAUUAGCUUAAAAGAAGGAACUGCCAAUAUUGAUAGUUUAGCAAUUUCAGAGAACAGUCCUGGUGAGAACGGAAGAAGAUAUAUUCUCCUCUUCAGGCCUGAGGUGACGAUGCCGCCCACAUCUCUUAGUCCUUUUGAGCUGCCCUUCUAUUUUUACAAUGAUGCUGAGAACCAGCAAAAAAGAUGUGAACUGAUGAGGAGAAAGGAUCGGAUGAGUGAAGCUAUUAAAGAAACCAAGAAAUCAUUAAAUUUAAUUCGUGAAAAAAAGGCUUCCCUUGAAAAUGAGGUCAAAGACACAACAGAGAAAGAGAUUUCUUUCAGAAAUUAGCUGAAACACAAAGGCCUAAAAAUAGAACACCAGUUAUCAAUUGAAGAAAUUGCAGAACAUCUAAAACAGACGAAAGUAGAGGUUGAAAACAUAGAGAAAAGUAUCAGAGUUUGUUCCAUUCCUAACAAAUUCAGCGGGCCAGAUAUUCUUGGAAUGGUUGGCCACUUGGCUUUUGUUGCUGAUGAUGAUGCUGCAAGGGUUAUCUCCUGGCACCUGCAGGGAGACAUGGACUGCGUCAUCACCACCACAACACAAGCAGCUCAGAAACUCCACCAAAAACCAAUGGGCAACCAGCAGGUCAUGCCUCUCGACAGCAUUCUUGUGCACCAGGGAAGCCGACUCCUGCCACACAUAAAACAUGGCAGAGAACUUUUUAAACCUACUGGGAACCCAGUCUUUGCCAAGGACCUGCUGAUUUAUCUCCACAAAGAGAGUUGUGAUCCAGAUAAACUGACAAAAGUGUUUAAAAACCUCCUCGGCGACACGAUCCUGAUGGAUGACUUGAACUCAGCCACUAACUACAGGAAAGAGGUUGUGGAGAAGAGGAUAUUUUGUCCUACCAUACUGACCCGAAAGGGAGACAGGGUCAGUGCCAGGGGCAAAUUCGGAGGGAAAAACAACAGAGCACCAUCAAUUGACCAGUUAAAAGUGUUUGGAGCUCCUCUACCACCACACUACUUCACACUGAAAGAUCAAAUAGAUGCGCUUCGUGAGUACCAAGCACUAGUGGAGAAAAAAAAAGAAGCAGAAAAGGAGCUUAAUGACCACAAGUUAACAACGUUCGAUGAAAUGCUCCAAAAAGACACAGAGAGAGAGAAAAUCGAUAAGCAGCUAGAAGAGAUUGAAAAAGAACUUGAAUCUGUAUCAGUGAGACCAGGGAAACGAGCUUCUGGAAGCUUGGAGUGGCCUGUGAUCCUUUCAAAGCGUCCCAGAGAGAAAUCUACAGACAGCCCAGAAAGAUUUUAGCUGAACUCGGGCUAUGGCAUCUUUAUGUCUUUAUGUUACUGUUACAUUUUAUAAACUGUUACUUAAUUUUUUUGCUUAUUUUUGGACUUUCAAAUUGUGAGCAUGAUGCUUUUUGAUGUUUUAUUUUUUUGUGUAUCAUUGUGUGCAACACUUUGGCAAACUGCAUUUGCUCAAUAUAAAUAUUUAAUCUGAUUUGA